AUGGCCUUUCAACCCACGGGGGUUCCACCUCCACCCACAGCAGGCGACAACAUAGGACCCGGAGGUCCCUCUCCGUACUUGCACGAAGACAAGCCCGCUUUCCCAAUCAAUGCCGCGCAUAGAUAUGGCGAUGGAUUCUUCAGCUUCUUGGCUCCCGUACUGGGGCCCGUGGGCAGCGUGAUGACCGCUUGGCAGGAGAAGAGGAACGAGCUGGAUUUGCCUAGCCCAGGAACUGCCGAGCAUCUUCAGAGGGAGGUCAAGUGUGAGUCGCUUGGCACGGCGCAAAUCUCCACUCACAGCCUGCUCGCGCCGUGUGAUUGACAACGUCUGCCCUCGGUCGCUCGCAGCUACACUGCUCAACAACUUCAUCUUUGAUGGUGCAAGGGCAGACUUGACGAAAGCUUUGUCCAUGAACCCCAUUUUUCAAGUGACGCACGCCUUCUCAAUGGGAGCCCAACAAGCACCUUCCUCUUACAACUUUGGAGCAGUGUACGGUAGCGAGAGGUACUUUUUGCAAGGUGGAUUGGACGAUGCUGGUAGCGUUACGAUCCGAGCAAACACUGGCUGGGCGGAUGGCCACAUUUCCAAAUUCCAGGGCCAGAUGGCCCCUGCCGGAGGACAAUCCUUCGCGCAGUUUGAGCACGACUAUCAAGGAAGAGAUCACAGCGCCAACAUUAAGGCGCUCAAUCCUUCGCCCAUCGACGGAACGGGCAUCUAUAUUGCGAAUUACUUGCAAUCCCUGACCAGAAACUUUGCGCUGGGCGUAGAGGCCAUUUGGCAACGACCGGAUGCCAACCAGCAGGAAGCUGCGAUUGGUUAUAUGGUCAAGUGGAUCUCCGACUCGAAGGACGCUAUCGCCACAUUGCAGCUGCAGGGUCAGGGUAUUGCUCAGGCUACCUACUGGCACAAGCUGGCCGAGAACGUGUCUGCCGCUGCUGAUCUGCAGCUCGUCACAGCGGGAGGAAGGCGAGAUGCUCAGGCUGCUCUUGGCGCAAAGUGGGACUUUAGGAUGGCUACGUGAGUAUCGCGCCUCGGUGCUGAAGGAAUGUGGGGUAAAGCCCGCAUACACGCGGCCUACCAAGCUAGCGAAGGAUGGAGUUUCGCUGAUCCUUCUGCUUCGCGGUCGUUUCUUCGCCUUUGCAUUCGUCGCUGACCGCCCGCACCCUGUAUUCUUAGCUACCGCGCACAGAUCGAUAGCACAGGCAAAAUCUCAUCUCUGCUCGAGACCAGGCUUGCACCCACGCUCGCACUCACAUUUGCAGGCGAGGUUGAUCACUUUGUGAGUUUGCAAAGCCCGUCUCGUGACGAGAUCCAAAUAAGCACAUACUGAACUCCUUCAUCCUCGGGUCAUUUCGCCCUGCUAGAAAAAUGCGGCCAAAUUUGGUGUGGGAUUGUCAUUGGAAAGCGCAGGAGGAGAAGUUCCACUGGAUCCUUCCAUUCCUCCUCCCACCCCUCCUUCUGUACCUGUAUGA